UCGUCUCGUCAUUCAAAGCAAUUAAAGAAAGGUGUUCAACCCGUCAUAGUAGCCUACGUCUGUCGCGUACUGGAAUCAGCCUGUGUACAUCAGGGCUCAAAUGAGCAAGCACAAUUGGGUCCACUGACGAGGGCACUCAUCCCUCCACCUACAUUCUAUCUGGAACCCACUCCGCUUACCACCAGGUACAUAGGAGUCACAAUACUGUGCAGGCAUAAAAAAAAGGAUUUGAGUGCGUUACAUGUCUCCUAAAUUAACACGAAGGUAUACUUUCGUCCAGAAAAUUACGCUAUGGGUUUUUUAUUCCAGUAAUGUUCUUUCAAGCAGGUAAAACCGCGAGGUACACCUAGUUAGAAUUAUAAUAGGAAAUGCAACCAUCCGUGAAAUGGCAGAUUGACGUAUUAUAAUAGUCUACACGUAUAUAUUACUUUUAAUAACAAUAUGCUCAUGGCUUUCACGUUACUUAGUUUCUUGACAAGAAUCCCUCUUGGAUUCACCGUAUUCCGCUCUUGCGUUCCAAAUACAAACUUCCAACUGAACGGCAAGAUAUGUGCAUGCGACUCUUUAGGGCGUUGGAAUGAAGCCAAUUGCCAUAACCUAGCAAGACGCCAGUCCUGCCAACCAGGACAGAUAAUCUGGGGAAACUGCACCCAAUGUCUCUGCCAGGAAGACGGAGAAUUCGUGUGCACCCCCUCGUCAUGUCCGGAGAAUAUCACAAUAGAUUCCCCUACCUUUCAAGGGGAUUUGGAAGUCGCGGGCCCUUGGUGCACGCCUUUCAAAUCUUAUUACAUUAACUGUAGUCUCUGCGUUUGUCCUGCUUCAGGACGGUCGUCAGAAGCCCGGUGUGCUGUAGACACGUCAUGCAGUCUUCAAGGAUUAUCAGAAUCGUCUAUAACCAGUGGAACUAUCUGCAUUCCCUCUGUUAUGUAUCUCUUCCCAUGUCUACAUUGUCUUUGCUCUGAUGAGGGAUAUUUCGUUCCUAAAGAUUGCGUAGAUAUUUGUCAUAAAUCACAACAAACCGACAACCGAAGAUGCAUCCCAGGAACCUUCUAUAGGGAACGAUGUAACGUUUGCAGAUGUCCUAACAACAGUAUACGAAGUGGAGAGAAAUGUACCAAUAAAGUUUGUGAAAAGAAAACUAAAUUCAGACCUGUACGACAUUUUAAGGAUAACGUUAGUGAAUGCACUCCUCAUAAGUUUACGAAACCCAAAUGUUAUUAUUGUAUGUGUAGUCAAGGAGGGAAACUCAAUGAAAACGCAUGUCUGGAAUUGGACUGCUUGAAAAAAUCUGAUUUUAAAUACGAUGUUGAAAGACAUUCUUGCAAUCCAGGCGAAAUGGUUCCUAUAUGCAUGGAGUGUUUCUGUCCACGUAAUGGACUGACAGAUAAAAAAUACUGUACGAAGGUUUGUUCCUUUAAAAGCAAAUUGGUCGUUCUGGAGAAAGCAUUAGAAGCCAGCUUUACCGACGUGCGUGUAAUCAAUAUAGCAGUUAUAAAGUCAUCGGCAGAUAUUAAUUGUGAUCCAAAUUCGUUGUACCUUGACCGAGGAAGAUACUGCUUAUGUCCAGAAAACGGGAACUCGGAUUUCAAACUUUGCACUUCCAUUACUAAUGAAAUAAGGCAACCAAAAUCACACGUACCACUGGCAUCAAACACAGUAACUAUGGACUUCAAUAUUUCUUGCGAGCCGAACACCUUCGUGGACUUCGACUGUAACACGUGCUACUGCAGUAAAAAUGGUAGGAUCGAUCCAAAAUGGUGUACCUACGACGAUUGUCAAGCCAAGAAGGUAAUUCAAGACCAUCACAAAUUAUAUCAGCCUCUUACAACGACAAAACCAACAGACACUUGUAAUCCUGGUUCCAUUUCGAAAGAAGAGUGUAAUUUCUGCAUUUGUCCUGAAAAUGGACUUUUCAAAGACAGGGCUUGUACUAAAAACGACUGUUCCGACUUCGACGAUUCCAUACAUGACCAAAAAUUUAUUUGCGAACCCUUAGCUUACUACGUUGUUGAUUGUAACGUAUGCUUUUGCCCAAGAGACGGUUUAAAAAACGUAGCAAAGUGCACGAAGAAUCAAUGUGAGAAGAAUUUCUUAAGAUCUGACUCUUGUAUCCCUGGGGAUCUUUUUAGCGAAGACUGUAACGUCUGUGUGUGUCCUCCGAAUGGAGAUAAAAAUGACAAAGCAUGUACCAACUACUCCUGUUCCGCUGCUAACUCGUCUUGGCAGAAGAUCUUCAAGUUAUCGCAGAAUUUGCUUAGCAGUCGCAUGGCAGAUAAUUCUAAACGUAGUCUGCAUUUAUGCUUUCCUGGUGAAGAGUUUGUGGAUGGGUGUAAAGUUUGUGUAUGCCCUGAUAUGGGAAUGAAGGAAUAUGCGUCUUGUACCCCUAUGUUUUGUAAUGAAGCUAUUUCUGAAAGUGAUGUGGAGUAUCAAACACCAUCAAACGGCUCCAAAUUCAAUGACUUGGUACCAAGCAAUGAUUUUAAAACUCGCAAGGAAGGUGAUAGUUGCAUGACGUACAAUUUGACCGACAGCUCAGAGAGAAAAGAAUGCACACCUGGUUCCAUUUAUAUUAUAAGGUGCAGGCAAUGUAUAUGCCCUUAUAUGGGAAAUAUAAAUCACUUCUGCCGCCCCCUGCCGAAGAACGUGUACUGCGAACAAGCCUUUCCUUACUUCAACUAUUUGCCAAUGGGAAGACGUGGCAACAAAGGUGACUUGACUCCACAUCACAAUGGAACUUCCCGGAACAACACUAUCCUUAAAGAAGUCACGGUAUCUCAUAAUCAUACCAAGCAUUUUUGUUCGGAGCCCGGGCAAGUUAGAGACGACUGUUACAUUUGCGACUGCGAAGACCACGUGAUUAUAGAAGAGCAUUGCUUCAAAAGCGACGCUGGCAACUGCACCGAUGCUGUACCCACUUUCUUAGAUAAAUUAGUUACUGCCGAAUGAUUUUGCGUUUUAUUUAA